AUGCCAAUGGAUCACAUUCACACUAGAGCUAAAUCGUAUGAAUGUCCUCUAUGUGGGAAAGCCCUUAGUACUUGCUUUAGGCUCAGGCAACACAAGAUGAUUCACACUGGAGAGAAACCAUAUAAAUGUCAAGUGUGUGGGAAAGUCUUCAAUCAAAGUUCCCACGUGAAACGACAUGAGAAAACUCACACAGGAGAGAAGCCAUAUAAAUGCCGUCUAUGUAAGAAAACUUUCAAUCAAAUCUCUUACCUUAGAAAACAUGAGAAAAUCCAUCCCAGAGAGAAGCCCUAUGAAUGUCAUCUGUGUGGGAAAAUCUUUAGUCAAAGUUUUAGACUUCGCACGCACAAGAAAACCCACACUGGAGAGAAACCACAUGUAUGUCUUCUGUGUGGGAAGGCCUUCAAACAAAUUUCUGAACUGACUCGGCACAAGAGGACCCACACAGGAGAGAAACCCUAUGAAUGUCAGCGGUGUGGGAAUGCCUUCAGUCAGCGUGCAAACCUGAGAUGCCAUGAGAGAACCCACACUGGAGAGAGGCCCUAUGAAUGUCAGCGGUGUGGGAAAUGCUUCAGUCGUGGCUCUUCCCUGAGACGACAUGAGGGAACCCAGCACUGGAGAGAAAGUCAGGAGGGCCCUCAGUAG